GCAUUAUGAUUGGCCGAAAUUUUACUAUAUAAGCUGACGUAAUCAUUUCCAGUCCUCUUUCUUUAGUUUUCAUCAGUCGAAGAAGGUUAUCAGUAGAAAUGGCGGACGCAGCUCCAGCCAGUGGACGAGGCGGAUUCAGAGGAGGUUUUGGCGGAGGCGCCGGAGGCGGCAGAGGUGGUCGUGGUGGCCGUGGCAGGGGCAGAGGCAGGGGACGCGGACGCGGUCGCGGCAAGGAGGACGCAAAAGAAUGGGUCCCUGUUACCAAACUGGGACGUUUAGUCCGUGACGGAAAAAUCAGGUCCUUAGAGGAAAUCUAUCUUUUCUCGCUUCCCAUAAAGGAGUUUGAAAUUAUCGAUUUUUUCAUUGGGAGUGAUUUGAAUGACGAAGUACUUAAAAUCAUGCCAGUCCAAAAACAAACCCGUGCAGGUCAACGUACCAGGUUCAAGGCCUUUGUAGCUAUAGGAGAUAGCAAAGGCCACAUUGGCUUAGGAGUCAAAUGCAGCAAAGAAGUGGCAACAGCAAUCCGUGGUGCCAUCAUUCUAGCAAAACUGUCAGUAGUACCUGUCAGGAGAGGGUACUGGGGCAACAAAAUUGGGCAACCUCACACCGUACCUUGCAAGGUUACAGGCAAAUGUGGCUCAGUUACAGUACGUUUGAUUCCAGCACCUCGCGGUACUGGCAUCGUAUCUGCUCCAGUUCCAAAAAAACUACUCCAAAUGGCCGGUAUUGAAGAUUGCUACACUUCAGCUAGAGGUUCUACUGGUACUUUGGGUAACUUUGCAAAAGCAACUUAUGCAGCCAUUGCCAAGACCUAUGCCUACUUGACUCCAGACUUGUGGAAGGAGAUGCCACUGAGUCGCACCCCUUACCAAGAGUUCGCCGAUUAUUUGGCCAAGAACCACCGUGUGGUUAUUGCACCUACAAGGAGCGACGCCAACUAAAUGGGGCCACCACAGCAACAGCAGCAACAACAACAAUGGUUUUAUUUAUUUAUUUAAAUAAAAUCAACUUUAAAAGAUUUCAAAGUUUUUUAAUUUAGUUCCAAAUUAAUCAAAAGUGUGUUCUGUUUAGAGUAGCCCGAAGAAAACGCUACGUUUCAUAAAUGCCUCAUCAAACAAACGGCUAAUUUAUGAAUUACAGAAAUCUGUAAUUGAAUUAAGUAGGCCUUGUAAUAUAUUGAAUUUGUAUUUGUAAUAAAACGUUUAGUUUUUGUGUUCCUUGAUUCGA